GGAACACUGAGAGCAUCUCAGUGUGGACUGUGUCUCUGAGGUCAUGGGAGGCCAGGGAGCCCAGGGAUGGCCUGGCGGUGUGGUUCGAGAUGUGUCUGCUGUCUGCCAAGGCAGUGUGGGUGACGGCGUCACCUCUUUGAGUKUGACUUUCAAAGUGUCACGCCCUGYCGUGUGCUGCAUCUACACCAAUAAAAUGMACACCAUAGAUAUUGAAGUACUGCGCCCGCCCCCCAACAUCACUGCCUGGGUCAGAGAGGAGGGUCUGCUGGUGCAGUGGGGUCUCCCGCCCAACACCACACCCAGAUGCUUCCACUACCAGCUCCAGAUCAAUGACCUGGUGAGGAGCMUUACAGAGGGACUGACAUACAAUGAGACCAACCUGGACCACACACAACGGUACGACGUGAAGAUGAGGGUGAGGAAGAAUAGUGACUGCAGAGGAUCUGAACACUGGAGCAGCUGGAGCAACAUCAUCAGCCCUGCCGUCCAAAUGUGUUGAGGAGAUCACUGUGGUGGAGGAAGKUGAGGAAACACCUGUCAAUAUGACCAGAUUUUAAAAUAGCCUUGUAAAUACCAGACUGAAGCUUGCGGGAUGAGACGGCUUUGCUAGGCUGUUUAAAGCCCUGUCAUCGUUAGCCCCUAGGCCGAUCUGUAAGAAGGAUCCCCUUAGCCUAUCAGAGGUCAAGAUGCAGUCAUUAUUAUUUAUUAAUACCUAUCCAGUUCUUUCAGAUCUACAAGAAGUAGGACAAGGAGAGUGUGUGCGUGUAGGGCAAGUGUGACCUUCCUGGUCCCGUCCCUCAAGUCCGUGAGUCAACACAGGAAGGAGUAAUGGAUGGAUAGUUAUUUUAUUUCCAAAGCUGCAAUCAUGGGACACAUACACAGUAUGGAUGAAUGAUGAGUAGUAGACGGAAUAUAAACGGCACUCCUAAAGAAGAUGCAUUCUCCAGUUAGCUACCAACUUCAAAGAGGGAACUUUAACUAGCAUAAAACCCACAUGGCAAAUAACAUAUAAGGAGGGGCUUAUUUGACGCCAAACCAACAACAUUAGUUGCUAAUAACAUAAAUUGCUCAUGUAAAAUGUGGAUUUUAUGAUGUAAUGUCAACUUUGUACAUUUCUAUCCCGGGACCAUUCCAUUUUCAACUCACCCACAGCAAUUCUCCAUAAAUUUGCUGUGGAUUACCCAGAAUCCCAUACUUUUAUCACUGAGUGUAUUAGAGAAUGUAAACACACUAAUCCACCAGGAGGUGGCAUAAUACCAAUUUUAUGCAGGAAUUUAACAAUUUAAUCGCACCAUUACACAAGCAGUUUCCUUGGUCAGAUAUGUUGGAUUCUAGCUUGAAAUAUACUUAUUCAUGUUCAUACUAUAAAUUAUUGAUGACUUUACAUGUACAAUGAAUGUAUAUGUUUGGGUAAAUGGCGGAUAAGAACUAGGUGUAUGGAAAGUUAAUCAGUGGGUCCUAUGGAGGGAGGCAAAGGGCAACAGUCUGGUUUCAGUCAAUGGUAAAGUAGGACAGCUGUGGAUUAGGGAGGAGUGAGAAAUUCAGCCCGAGGUCAGAUGAAGUGAGAAGGAAUAGUCCUGUCACACACGCAGACUUGCAUGCCUACAAAGGUUCUAGUAGGAGGCGGGCCAUAACUACACCAGUGAGAGGAACCAAUUCAGUUCCUGACUAGCAACAGUGAUGUUGGCUGUCUAGAUAUGCAAGGAGGUGACGUCUCCUAGUACGAGGUUAUAAAGAUAUGUGCUUGUGUAAACAUGUUUUUGUCUUUGCGGCUGUUUGACSUUUGACCCAGUGGGGGAAUAAACUUGGUUUGAGCUUUU